AUGAAGCUGUACUUGCUAAACGUUGUGCUGUUUUUUUGCUGUUGCCGAAGUGGGGCAGUGUCCAGGGAGUACUACAUCGGGAUUAUAGAGACAGCAUGGGACUAUGCUCCUGGUAGUACUGAUAUCAUAUCUGGACAACGUUUUGCAGAAGAAAAGCAAGCUGAAGUCUUCCUUAAAAGAGGACCGCAAAGGAUAGGAAGCAUUUAUAAGAAGGCUGUCUACACUCAGUACACUGAUGUUUUAUAUGAUGUGAUAGUUGAGAAACCUUCCUGGCUGGGUUUUUUAGGCCCUAUCAUUAAAGGAGAAGUUGGUGAUUCCAUUGUUGUUCACUUGAAAAACUUUGCUUCCAGAAACUACACACUGCAUCCACAUGGUGUAAAAUAUACAAAGGAAAACGAAGGUGCUUUUUAUCCAGACAAUACCAAAGGUUUUGAAAAAAGAGAUGAUGCUGUGAAGCCUGGAGGCCAGUACACUUAUACAUGGGAUGUGACAGAAGAUCAAGGUCCUGCUGAAGGAGAUGCAGACUGCAUUACCAGGGUUUACCACUCUCACAUAGAUGCUCCAAGAGAUGUUGUCUCAGGGCUUGUUGGGCCUUUAAUCAUUUGCAGGAAAGGUGCAAUGAAUAAGGACGACGAUCAAUAUGUUGAUGCUGAGUUUAUCCUUAUGUUCUCUGUGAUGGAUGAAAAUCUCAGUUGGUAUCUAGAGGACAAUAUCAGGACGUACUGUUCUGAGCCUUCCAAAGUUGACAAAGAUGAUGAGGACUUCCAGGAAAGCAAUAAAAUGCACUCAAUCAGUGGGUACAUGUAUGGAUACCUCCCAAAUCUCACAAUGUGUGUGGAAGAUAAGGUAAAAUGGCAUCUUUUUGGUAUGGGUAAUGAAGCUGACAUCCAUUCAGCCUACUUUCAUGGUCAGACCUUGAUAGAAAGACACCAUCGAGUUGACACCAUUAACCUCUUCCCAGCCACGUUUAUUGAUGCUCUCAUGAUACCGAGGAAUCAUGGGGAAUGGCUGCUGAACUGCCAAGUGAAUGACCAUAUAGAAGCAAUUGGUAUCACUGCAUUUUUGUAUACUUGGACUUCAGAUAAACAGUAUCUUGAUGUUUACCUCUUACUGACGAGAAGUGUGACCAGGGAGUUUUUCCUACUUGCCACAGUAUUUGAUGAGAAUCUGAGCUGGUACUUGGAUGACAAUAUUUUGAUGUUUACAUUAAAUCCUAAUGAAAUUGACAAAGAUAACGAGGACUUCCAAGAAUCUAACAAAAUGCACUUACAACCUCUGGGAAUUUUUGAAGUAUCGUGCCUGACAACGGAUCACUACAGAGGGGGCAUGAAGCAGAAAUACAAAGUGAAACCAUGUCAUUGGUGGAAUGUGGAUCCAUCCCUAUAUGUGCACGAGAAGACACAUUAUGUUGCUGCCGUGGAAGUUGAAUGGGACUAUUCCCCUAACAGGACAUGGGAAUUUGAGCGGCAUCAAUAUCACAAGGAAAGCCCUGGCAAUCCAUUUUUAAAUAAAGACGACACAUUCAUUGGCUCGAAAUACAAAAAGGUAGUAUAUCAUGAGUACACAGAUCAGACAUUCAGUACUCCAAAAAGCAGAGCAGAGGAAGAGCAGCACCUUCAAAUUCAAGGGCCACUGAUUAUGUCAAGUGUUGGAGAUAGAAUUAACAUGGUUUUUAAGAACCUGGCAUCAAAACCUUAUUCUAUACAUGCCCAUGGAGUGAAAACAGACAGUUCUGUUGUUGCCAUAACCAACCCAGGUGAAACUAAAAUGUACACCUGGAAAAUAUCAGCAAGAUCUAGUUCUGAGAGAGGUGAUCCACACUGUACUGCAUGGGCGUACCAUUCAACAGUGGACAUCAUUAAGGACACUUACAGUGGAUUAAUAGGCACAUUUGUUGUGUGUCCGAAACAUUAUUUACCAUCGUCUCAUUCUAGAAAGAAAGUUCAUUUUGCUCUUCUGUUUAUGAUUUUUGAUGAAAGUGAGUCAUGACUAGAUUUGGAUGAAAACAUUGCAACCUAUUCUGCCAACCCACACCUUGUUAGCAAAGAAAAUGAGGAAUUCCUUGAAAGUAACAAAAUGCAUGCCAUUAAUGGAAAAGUGUUUGGAAAUUUACAUGGUCUGACUAUGCAUGUUGGAGAUGAAGUAAGCUGGUAUUUGAUGGCAAUGGGCAACGAAAUAGAUAUUCACACAGCACACUUCCAUGGCCACAGCUUUGACUAUAAGCAAACAGGAGUUUACCGGGCAGAUGUCUUCGAUUUGUUCCCAGGAACAUUUCAAACAGUGGAAAUGAUCCCACAGAACCCUGGAAGGUGGUUACUGCACUGUCACGUUACUGACCACAUCCAUGCAGGCAUGGAAGCAACUUAUACAGUGCUCCCAAAGGAAGGAUUGGAAAAAGAAAAAAAGUUUUUCCCUUCACAGACAAAUGGUCUUUGUUCCCAAGAUUAUUUAAUCGAUCCAAGUGCAAAGGCACACCAGGUGUGCGAGAGUGAAGAAAACCAUUUACUAUAGUGAUUCUCCAAGAUCUACUUUCAGCGAAGAAUUGCUUGAGAAAUACUAUCUCCUUUCCAUGUGUUUAAGAAGAUUGCAGGUGAUGGGCUACAGCUACAGAGACCACAGCCUGAGGCAACUGGAUGAGUACAAUAGCUUGUAGUUUUUCCUUAAAUAAAAAUCACAACUUGCAAGGUAGCCAUGUGUUAGGCGAUGCCUAAUGCAUGUUAUUUAACUGCUGGGAAAGCCAAAUGAAAUGUACUUUGUGAGGACUCUUGUUCUCAGUUUGUAAUUCAGUGUUUGAAAAAAUAAAUAAGUUGUUUUAGACUAACAUCUUAGUAACCACAACCACUGCAUGGACAAUUAGAAUUUGGUUAUCAUGUUAACUAUCGGUUAUUGAAUUAUAGUUUUAUCCAGUGAUGUCGUUCAAGAAAGUGAACUUAAAAGAUGUAAUGGGUAACUCAUUAAAUAAUUAUUUUCACAACAGAAAAACACGUCUUGAGACAAAAGUUAGGUGAACACAAGCCUGACCCUGCGAAGGUAAGAUACAGUGAAUGUACCUAAUAGCUCUGCCCCUGUGUAUUCUAAAUACCACUGCAGGGGUCUCAUUUUGCUGCAGCAGCAGCCAGCUCUUGCUUUAGCCUUAUUUCAUCCGUUACCUCAGACAACUGCAGUAAUGGAUCAGACAGUCAGGUAAAGCAAAACAGUCAGGCUUUACUGCUACAGAAUAAACAAAGUUUGUUCUCUGUA